AUGUCCUCAUCGAUCCUAUUUGUAAAAGCAUUAUACGACUUUACUUCUACAGAUACUUCGAAAUCUGGUUGGUGGGACGGUCUAUGCAACGGUGAGCGUGGCUGGUUUCCUAGUAAUUAUGUUACAAAUUUAGAUGACGAGGAUGAUAUAUCGGAUGAAGAUAAGUUAGCCGAUUGGAUUCCUCAACAAACUCCGGACGGUGAUAUAUUUUAUUAUAAUACCCGAACGGGUGAAUCUUCUUGGGAAUUACCCAGAGAAGAUAAGCAUAUGGAUGAUAGUUCUACACAACGUGGCAGUAGUAAUUACACUGGAUCCGGUGUCUCUACACAAUCUACCAUGGGUUCUUUUAUAAGACAGAAGCCACUACCAGAAAAUUGGAUACAACAACCUACCGAAGAUGGUAACACAUACUAUUAUUUUAAUACAGUAACUCAAGAGAUUAGAUGGACUUACCCUGGUGAUGAAUUCACUCCUGGAAAUUCUGAUUCCGUUGAUGAUAAUGACAUUGUUGUUACUUCGGAGUGUGUAGAAGGUGAAGUUGUUGAUGAAUCUUUGGUGGAUGCUGAUAAGGAAAGUGUCACUAGUUCAAAGGAUAGUGGAUUAAGUACUAGCACUGCUAGUACUGUUCAACAAAAGCAUCAACUUUCUACUGACGAAAAGCUUCCACCUGGUUGGGGUAAGAAAACUACACCCCAAGGAAAAGUUUAUUAUUUUAAUAAAACGACCGAAGAGACUACUUGGAGUCUUGAUAAUAUUGGCGAAGAUGGUCUUUUGAUUAAAACUGAUGACGACGAAGCUGAAAAGCUUCCACCUGGUUGGGGUAAAAAAAAUUCCCCCCGAGGAAAAGUUUACUAUUUUAAUGAUGCGACUGGAGAGACUACUUGGAGUCUUGAUAAUAUUGGUGAAGAUGGCCGUUUGAUUAAAACUGAUGAUGAUGCUAUACCUUUUGGUGCUGGUAUUGGCUCUGGUGAUGAAGCUCCAGAUGAUCCUUUACCUCCUCCUCCUCCUAUCACUACUCUUCAAAAAAAUCCUGAUCAAUCUUUUCUCAUGCGAAAUUCUAAUGAACCAUAUA